CUCAGGAAUAAACAAUAAGCUCACUUCGGUAGCCAACAUGGCUGUGGACAGAAAAGUAUGAAGUGUGACACUUGUAAACCAAACUAAUCCAACAACAUUAGCUACCGUGUCAUAGGUUCAGUGUCUGUGAGAAGCAGCAGAGAACCCACCAUUCUCUGGCAUCAACGGGAAACGCAGCCGAAGAGUCACAAUGAGCAACAUUUACAUUCAAGAGCCUCCAACGAGCGGGAAGGUCCUGUUGAAGACCUCAGCGGGUGAUAUCGACAUUGAGCUGUGGUCCAAGGAGGCUCCUAAAGCAUGCAGGAACUUUGUGCAACUGUGCAUGGAAGGUUACUAUGAUGGAACAAUAUUCCAUAGAGUGGUGCCUGACUUCAUCGUUCAAGGUGGAGAUCCGACUGGAUCAGGGACAGGUGGAGCGUCCAUCUAUGGUCGGCCAUUCAGGGAUGAAUUUCACUCCAGAUUGCGGUUCAUUCGAAGAGGUCUGGUUGCCAUGGCGAAUGCCGGGCCUCAUGAUAAUGGCAGUCAGUUCUUCUUCACCUUGGGACGUGCAGAUGAGCUCAACAAUAAGCAUACCAUAUUUGGCAAGGUCACCGGAGACACAGUUUAUAAUUUGCUCAGAUUAACAGAAGUUGAAUGUAACCAUGAUGAAAGACCUCUAAAUCCCCAUAAAAUAAGAACUGCUGAGGUGCUUCAUUCUCCUUUUGACGACAUUAUACCUCGUGAAACUAAAAAAGGAAAAAAGGAAAAAGACAAAGAGGAGGCAAAGAAGUCACAGUCGAAAGCCACAAAGAACUUCAGUCUGUUAUCGUUUGGAGAGGAAGCUGAAGAGGAAGAGGAGAUGGUGAAUCAAGUCAGCCAGACAUUAAAGGGAAAAAGCAAAAGCAGCCACGACCUUCUGAAAGAUGAUCCAAGGCUGAGCUCUGUUCCAGCAGUUGAUAAGAAGAAAAAGAAAGAGACAUCUGGAGAUACUCCUGAGACAGAUGACGACGAGGCUGAGGAUGAUGUUGAAGGCGACAUGGAUGCAGAUGAAGAAUACGACUCAGAUAGGAAAGAGAAGAUGAGAGAGCUGGUCAGUAAAAAGCUGAAGAAAGACAAAGGCACGGAGAAAACAACAGAGCCCAGUGAGGAGGAGCGCGGGAAAAAGACCAGUCGCAGUGACGAUUUACGUAAAGAGUCACGACAGUUGAAGAGGGAUCUUCAAGCCAUCAAGCAAAGGAAAGAGGAAAGUUUAAAACCGCCAGUCGAGGAAGUCAAGGAUGCGGACACAAAGCCAAGCAGUGAGGCGGUGGCUGAGUACCUGGAGGGAAGAAAGAAGUACGAUGAUCUCAGGAAACAAAAACCGAAGAAGAGCUCAAACAGAGAGGCAGAGACACUGGCCCUGCUCAAUCGCUUCAAGACCAAGCUGUCGUCGGCCAUCACCGAAGCUCCAGCGGACGUAGACGUGGAGGAGCUGGCAGAAGAUGAUGACAAAGGAUGGAUGGCCCAUGUUUUGCAGUUUGAUGAGCAAUCCAGAAAAGUCAAGGAUGCCGCCAUCCAGGACGAGGACACUUUUGAGAUCCACGACCCACGCAACCCGGUCAAUAAACGAAGGAGAGAGGAGAGCAAGAGGAUCUUGAAGGAGAAGAAGGCCAAAUGGUGAGGUCACGAGGUCGGAGGUCAGGUCCUGCCCAAGCUGCUCAUACAGCACUCUGCUUGUCCGCUUGUCCACCACUUCAAACCUGGCUUUUGUUGAACAGUCUCCUGGCUCCAACAUCUGGAUUGAGGAUACUGACCUGAGCGCAUACCAUCCCUGUAAUCUGUGAUGGAAAGGCUUCUUCACCCGGAACAGCUGCACACAGACAAACGCUCAGUUACUCAACAGGAUUAAGACUGUAGUCGCAGUAAUGAUUAAGGUCGCGACCUGAUUUUGUCUAAUGUUGUUUACGCCAUUCUCCUUCUGUCUAUGUCGUCUAAAGCUUAAAUGUGAACGUUAGACUUUGUUAGAAAAAUAAACAACAUUUGUAAGCACCAUGUAAUGAUCUGACUCUAUUCAAUUAAAAUUUUCCCACUUUA